AUGGAACAUGAAGACAAAAGUGAGAGUCUGCAGAAACUGGAGGAGUUUCACGUUUCAGAAGAAUACGGCUUUGUUCUCCGAGACCCACUGACAGAACUGCCAGAUUAUUACGCUCCCUGGAUGAAUGUCGCAGCCAACCUGCCCCACCUGAUAGAGGGACGUCAGCUCCGCCGGGAAGUAGCAAAGAUGCCACUGCUCAGCACACAGUACCUGCGAGGACACAGGCAGCUGCGCCUGGCUCGCCUGGCUCUCGGCUUCAUCACAAUGGGAUACGUAUGGCAAGGAGGCGGCAGACAGACAGUGAAGAUCCUUCCCAGAGCGCUCGCGGUGCCUUACUGCACGAUCUCGGAGCUUCUCGACCUGCCGCCCAUCCUCGUCUAUGCAGACUGCGUUUUGGCAAACUGGAAGAAGAGAGACCCCUGUGGACCCCUGAACGCAGAGAAUCUCGACAUCCUGUUUUCAUUCCCUGGAGGGGACAGCAACAAAGGUUUCUUCCUAGUCUCUCUUCUUGUUGAAGCAGCAGCUGCAGCUGGAAUCAAGGCAAUCCCCAUUAUUGUCAAUGCCAUAUUGCACCAUGGCCUUUGCUCCUUGGAAACAGCACUGCAGGAUGUGGCCUUGUCUAUAUGCAAGAUGCGUGAAGCUUUCAAACUGAUUCACGAGUGUGUAAAUCCAGGAGUGUUUUUCAGAUCCCUUCGCAUCUACCUCUCAGGCUGGAAGGACAAUUUCCUGAUGCCGGAGGGGCUGGUGUACGAGGGGGUGUGGGACAGCCCCAAGCAGUUUUUCGGCGGCAGUGCGGCACAGAGCUCGACAUUACAGUGCUUUGACGUACUGCUAGGAAUCCAGCACAGCGCAGCCCAGGGGUUCUCAGCAGAGUACCUCGGUUGCAUGAGAGAUUACAUGCCAGCAGCUCACAGGGCCUUCAUUCAGACCCUAGCUUCUGGCCCCUCCCUCCGGCAGUUUGUCCUGGCAACAGGAGACGCAGGCCUGCAUGCAGCUUUCAACAAGUGCGUGUUGGCGCUGGCGGACCUACGGAGCUAUCACAUACAGAUCGCCACCAAGUACAUCACCAUCCCGGCCGGGAGGUGCCGAGCGGAGCAGCAGCAGCUCGGGGGCUGUGUCCACGAGGGCACGUCGGUGCUCUCAGAAAGGGGAACCGGCGGGACAGGGUUUAUGCGCUUUCUCAAAGCCAUCAGAGACACCACCCGAAAGGCACAGCUCAUGGAGCAGGAGGCAACGGUGCCAACACACUGA